AAGCAACGGUACUUGAUAAAAACAAAAAUCUAUCUCCGUAGUUCGGUCCCGGUAAGGGUGUGGCAGGCCGGUGUGUUUUCAAAUUGCCACACAGAACGCGAUGUAGAGCAAGAAUGUCCUCCGGCGACGCACGCUUUGGUCAUCACUCGGAAGCCCCACGCAUGCGUCCGCCGCAUCCUGCAGAACUAGGGUCAGUAAGAAUUGAUCACGCACCGGUCGGACAGCAGUCCGGCGCGGGGAUGAGGCUUCGACAUCGCGUUAUGCCUUCAACAUCCGCAUUGUGCUAAAAUGAAUGCGGUGCAACUUCUUUCCGACGGGCGCAUGGCAAUCUGGUUUUUUCUUGAAAUCACGGAAAUAAAGUAGAGCGAACGGUACGGCAGGUGUGCAAAAAAAGUUUCCCCGCCCCGCGUACCGGAAAACAAGAUGCCACCGCCGCAGCUGACCGCGAACCCGUCGGGGUGCGAUGGGUUCCAGAAAAAUCCGUUCAAGCCGGAAAACUGCAAGAAAUGCGGGAAGUCGUUCCUUGAGCACCUCGGAAUCAUAUCAGCUCAGGAUCUGGCGGACGCCACUGCGCUCUACGAGCAGAGGAUAAAGAAGGAAGAAGACCGUACUGCGGGGUUUAUCUUUGUUCUUUUGUGUUUUGCAUGCAGUAGCAGCUUGUUGGUUUCCUGAUAAAAAUCGCGUGAUGGUGUACUUGCUUGACUCUACCGCUGCUCCCUUGCGACCUGCGCAUAAGUGCAACAUGUGUGGCAGUUUCUAUAGUUAUUUGUGCAUGAGAAAUAAUGAACUACUAAACUAACAGGGAAAAACGCCAAGGCUGCGGAUGCGCACAAAAAAACCUUCGAAGCCAGGCUCGAGAAGCAAAAGGAGAAAAAGCAAGCGGAGGAGGAAAACGACUGGUUUUUCGACGAUGACAAAAAAUCUUCGCAGGCGGCGAAAAACAAACUCCCCAGUCCCGCAGCGCCGGCGCCCAGCGGAGCCGGCGGCGAGGAGCACAUACAUAUGAUGACGGAAGACGAAUUGCGAAAAGCCAAUGAGCAGCUGCAGAAGAAGGCCCAGGCCGGCAAGGCAAACGUGCAGAUCAAAAAUCUGAUCGACUUUGCGGAGUUAGAAGAGGAAGCUAAGGUGAAUAGAAGUGAUGUACUUUUGGUACAAAGGCGGAGUGCGCUGCACAAAUUAUCGGGAUUCAUUCUCGCUUCAUGGCGUAGAAAUAAACCAACAAGAUUAAUAAUGAUCCAGUGGUUUUGAAGAUUCUUUCGUGCAGCAGACAACCAGAAAAAAAUUCUCAACAACAAAUAGGAACACAUGGCGGCUUCACGGUCGCUACCGACUCUGGACGUUCCACCGCCCUCGGACGGAUCGCGGAGUCCACACGUCGGGGGUGCGCAGACACUGCCAACGAACCUAGGGAUGAAAACGUCUUCGCCGAACACAGACCGGUUUGACAUUGCACAGGAUUUUGGGGCGCCGGGGCAGGAUAUCAAUGCGGUAGAGGAGUUAAAAGCGGAGUUGGCUAUGCUAAACGAAGAGCGGACCAUUCAAAUCGAGAUACUCCGCGACGAAUACGAGUCGAAAAUUGUACUGAUUUACUUAUUUUGUAUUGCACAGCCCAACAAGCACUUUUGCUUUCGAUGACAUUGAUUGUACGGGCGCUACUGUACUGUAAAGACCAAAAAAAAUGCAGUAAGUACACACUCAUCUUCUCUUCAGGCAACGCUCCAGAAGCAGCUGCAGGAGGGAGGGAGUGCGCCGUCGCGACCCGCGCGAGAGGAGCAACUGGAGAAGCAGAUCCACGAAAAGGAGCGGCUGCACCAGGCAGCGCUCGGGGAAAUCGCGCAGCUGAAGGAGCAACUUGACGAGGCAACGCAGAAGCGCAAGCAGGUCGAGGACCGGCAAGCGUCCCUGCAAGGCCUUCGGGAAACCGAGGCCGGGAAUCUCCGGGAGGAAACGACGCGGCUCCGCGAAGAAAGUGCAAGUUCCCGCGAGGAGCUCAAAGUGGCGCGGGAGGAAGUUUUGCGGCUGAAGGCAGAUCUCCGGGGACUACAGGAAACCGGGGAACAGAAGGAGACAACGCUCCGGAAAUCACAAGCGAAUGAAGAGGCAAAGGCGCUCGCGCUGGCCAACAAAGUGGUAGAAUUUGUCGCUUCUGAAAUGUCCUCUGUGUGGUGCAACAGUUUUGUGAAAUCAGGACAAUUUUCCGUAGGUGGUAAGAAGAAAAAAUAACCAAACGGGGCAACUCAUGCCCUUUUUUUUGCGCUCCUGAACCUGAUUCAUUUUUCCAAAACUGCGUACAAAUCCAGGCCGCGCUCGAAGCGCAGAUCCGGGCCGGGCGGGACGAGGAGGCCACACAGCUUGCGACGCUGCAACAGAAAUUACUGGCCUCUGAUAAAGCCAUUCAAGAAGCGGAGAACGCGCGGGACCUGGCCCGCGGCGAGGCUGAGCAGUUGCGGUUAGAGUACUCGGAGUACAAAAUCCAAGAGCAACGCCGCGGCGCCGAGUUGGUGGACUUGGCGAAGGAAGAGGCGCUGCAAAAAGUGACGAAGUUGCAGGCCACGCACGAAAGGCAAUUGGAAGACCAGGAGCAGCGGCACGUUGCAGAAAGAACGGCGUUACAGGAAGAGCAUAUGCGAACGCAGGACGUGUUCAAGUCUCGGCUCGAGGCAGAGACCGCGGCAACGCGCGCCCGGAUCGAAGAAGAGUUGGCAGGUUUAUAAUUUUUUGUGUUGAUUACAAUUUGAAUUUGUGCUCUUCAUCGAUUUUGCCUUUACGAAGGAUCUGCUUCUUGAAUCGUCCGAAGCCGGAUCAUUUUCUUGUUUGUACUACUUUACGCACUGCGUUUUCAGGUCGGGCCGCGGUUUUGGAAAGAGAGAAAGGCGCCGAGAUCCAGAUGCUCCGCACUCAGGUCGAGCAACGAGAAGCGGAAUGCGAACAGUUAAAGGAGCGGGUUGAGUUACAAUCCGGGCAAGUAGAACGCAUACCUCUGCUAGAGGCAGAGGCGGAACAGGUAGAAAUUCUGGCAGCACAAUCUUUGAAGAAGAACUUUUGUUGGUAUGAUAUGCUGUAGGGACAAAAAACACAGUCAGAAAUCGGAUUUACAUCGAUCAACAGCACCGGUCCGACCUGAGUGCCUUGUUGGCGGAAGUGGCGGAGCACAAGAAGCUCGAAAAAGAAAAAGAGCACAAGGCUGCGGACGUGGAGCACCGGCUCGCGGCCAAAACGACUGCGAUGGAGCUGCAGAGUGCGGAACUCGCCACGGCAGAGGAAAAACUGUUCGCCACCGAGCAAGCGCUGGCGAAGGAAAAGCGCAGCCGGGAACAGGUCGAGCAAGAGAGCAAGGAAAAAAUCGAGCGCGAUACCGCAAGCCUGCGCAAACGGACGACGGAAUUGGAGACUCAAUUGCACUCCCUCAUCGCCGACAGUUCGAAACUUGGAGCCAUGAACACCGCAUUAAAAAAGGAACUGCAGCAAGGUAUUUUCGAUUUUCUUUAUCGGGCAGUGAUGUACAGUAAGUUCUUACUUUCGAUCGCUCAAUCAUACAUAAUCUUCAAGACGUGUGCGUGUGCACUAUGCUCUAUGAACAACAACGCAGAUCCGAUGGGUUCUUUCUCGAUGUUCGUCUUUUGUGACUAAAAUGUCACCUCUCUGGAAACAACACUGUGUAGGCAAAGAGUCCCUCGCCAACGCGUUGGCUGGUAAGGAGCAAGCGGACCGGGACUUGCAGCAAAAGGAGAAGGAGCUACAGCAGGUCAAGGAUGAUUCCCUGCUCGAUGUGGAGAACCUGGCGCUGCGGAAAGAGCUCGACGACGCGCGCAAGUCGCAGUUCCAGGAGCAGCAGGCGCAAAUGGAGCUGGAUUUGCUCCGAAAGGCGCGGCUCACCCCCUCGGGGGAGCUUGGGCAGGACGUCCUCGCGCGCUACCUCGGCGAGCAGAAAUCGCUGUACCAGAGAAUGUUGGAGCAAAAGGACGAGCUGAUACGGAAAUACGACGACAAAUUGAACAAAGGUACAACUCUGGGCGAUUUUUUUUUGAAUGCAGUGAUUUACGCACCCAGUUUUGCAUGCUGGUACACAACAUCUUCCGUCCGCAUGACCACGGGUGGUGAAAGGAAAAAAAUCAAGCUGUGAACCUCUUUUUCACUUGUAGAGUAAUACCCAAAUAUAUAAUCGGCGACCUGCUUCUACAGGCUCGGCGUCUCCGCUGGCUGCGCGGAAUCGACUACCGUUUGCACCGGAAAAGCGCAGCAGUGUAGAAAACACACCACCGCCGCCUUUGGGUGUCAGCAGCAGCAACACGGCAAUUGCAACCAGCGCCAAAAGAUCGGACAUGGAACAGAACAUUAACAACAACGCAUCUACUGUGGCGACUAAACAAGAUACCGAUGCUUUGCGGCAAGAAAUUCUGCGACUGCGCGGGGAGCUGGAGCGGCAGAAGGCCGACCAGAAGCGCUUGGUAGACGAAGCAGGUCGGAAGGCGGCUCAACAAGCAGCAAAAGCUUUUCGCGACGUCCGCGUCAACGCGGAGAAGCAGUUCGGAUGGCUCUUUGCCAGGAUCCCGCCGUGAAACUAGUGGGUCAGCGAUGGCGUCGCAGGACUUCACGAAUAAUUUUUCGUCGGUUUAUAUUUCUCGCAGGUUUUUUUGAAACAUGAAAAGGUCCGUGCGAUAAACAAAAGAAACAAAACAGCGCGAAAAUUGGCAUUUGACUCUCAAAACUGGUCGCUCCGGCUACAGUGAUCUAUUAAAACUUUACUAUUUGGCUUUGCAUUGCCAUACAUAACUCAGAGAUAUUGACUUGCUUAACAAUUAUCAGGCAGAGCGAAAGUGCUUUCCUAUGUCAUAACCAAAGAUACAGCCCGCAAGAGGAAUGGCGUCUGUGAUCAAGUCACUUCGCCUGGCGGGGUGCGACCAAGCUCCUGUAGCGCACAACAAUUGAAUUUCAUUUUUCAGGUUGUAUACCUACCAACUAUUCUAGCAAGACUCAAAGCAACGAACUGGCAGUAAAGGCCAGGGACAGAUAUACACCAGGUUUUUUUUUUCAAAAAGCACAUAUCAACUGGCCUCAAAAGUGGGUGGAUCUAUGGCCUCUUUUUGCUCGUCCAUACUUGUACACAAAAUUUCACUUGUAAGAAAAGCAUUAUCGAAGAAAUGACACAAAGUCUCACCUUUGAUUUGUAUCACCCACGGUUAGUAGAGCAACUGUAUCUAUCACAAGAAACGUACCAGCGGUCUAGAUAUUCAAUCAAUACUAUGCAAAAUCACAAACGCACAAGGAGAACGUGUACAAAGCUAAGGAUUCCUCAUGCUGUUUUAGAGGAAAUGAAGACGAAAUGCGUUCUGUACAUGAAGAUUCCAUCGAGACAUCCAUACGCCCAGCGACAAGUGCUAUUGAUAGGGCUGACUACGCCGGCGCUUCCCUGAAUGACAAGGAGCAGUGUUC